ACUGAAGUCCGUGUCAGUCAGUCAGAUUUUGGUUCGUUCGUUCGUUCGAUAUUACACAACCGCAGUAGCAGGAGUAGGCAAAUCGAAAAGUAACAUCCCGGUUUACGGUUUGUUCCGCAUUUUAAUUCGCUGUCCGUGUUGUAACAAACAUCCGCCGGCUCCACAAUGACCGACGCCAACCAGUCGUUCGUGAAGAACCUUGGCCUGAAGCCGCUAACGAAGGAGAACAUCCUGUACUACUAUUUUCCGCUGCAGAGUAUGGUCAGCUAUGCUGCCCUUUCGGUGAAUGUCAUGAACCCAUCGAUCGCUAUCAGAUUACUGCCGAAGCGAGAUGUGACGAACUUCCUGCUGGUGCACACCCUGUUCGGUACGACGCUCUACUUCUACAGUCGGCCCCACUUGGCGGCGGUUCCGGCCCAACGCCGUGCAGCCUACAGCAUUUGCGGCGGGGUCCUGUUCAGCUUCGGCUCGGUGUUGGUGUGGGCCGUACUGCGAAGUGCCAUCCCACGCAACCAAGCAUUGGCCACCGCACUAGGACUGUCGUCCGGAGUGGUACUGGCCAAGCUGGCCUACGAUUAUCUGGACAGUAACGAUAAACAACUGGUCGCCAAGAACUAAGACUGGUAUUGGCACAUUGCGAAACGAGCGGCAAGAGCGACCACACAUGCAUGUUUCGAUUGGUAUCACCAUUUUUUUCAAGAUCAUUUCGGGAGUUUAUUGAUUCGCUGACUGUUUUAGAUGGAAUAAAAUUCUCUGUUUCACUUGUGUAAUGCCUUA